AGCUCGUUAGUUCUCGCGAGAACUGCUUGUUGUUAUUGAUAGCAUAGCUAACACUCACAGAUAUCUAGAUAUCUGCAGUCUGUCUGAACUUGUUUGACUGAUAUGGAGGUUUUCGGAGCUCUAGACGAGUCAGAGAGACCACGGAAUAGUCCUUUCCUAAUAGGGGUCAGCGGAGGAACCGCCAGCGGCAAGUCAACAGUUUGCGCAAAGAUCAUGGAGCUGCUGGGCCAGAACAAGGUGGACCACCGCCAGAGGAAGGUGGCGAUCAUAAGCCAGGACAGCUUCUACAGAGUCCUGACUCUGGAGCAAAAGGCCAAAGCACUGAAGGGACAGUACAACUUCGAUCACCCAGAGGCGUUUGACACCGAGUUCAUGUACAGAACCUUGAAGGACAUUGCGGAGGGAAAGGUGGUUGAAGUGCCAACGUAUGACUUUGUCACACAUUCCAGGUUGGACAACAAGAUCACAGUUUACCCAGCAGACGUGGUCCUCUUUGAGGGGAUCCUGGUCUUCUACCCCCAGAAAGUGCGUGAUAUGUUUCACAUGAAGCUCUUUGUGGACACCGAUUCAGACGUCAGACUGUCUCGCAGAGUUCUGCGAGACAUGACCAGAGGGAGAGAACUGGAGCAGAUUCUCACGCAGUACACAACAUUUGUCAAGCCUGCUUUUGAAGAGUUUUGUUUGCCUACAAAGAAGUAUGUCGAUGUCAUCAUUCCAAGAGGAGUUGACAAUAUGGUGGCCAUCAACCUCAUAGUGCAGCACAUCCAGGACAUACUGAGCGGUGACAUCUGCAAGUGGCAGCGUGCGUCCAUGAACAGCCACGCGCGAGGCUUCAAACGGGCCAUUUCGGAGCCUGGCGACCUGCAGAACGGAGCCGCUAAUCCGUCAGGAAAGAGGGUCCUGCUGGAGCCCAGCUGUCGGCCUCACUGAGACCCUGUGGAUUGACGGACGUGUCCAGACUGUGAAUAUGAGCUCUGAGCUGCGACUGAUUUGUGCGGGACGGCUCGGUUACUGUGGUGCCGGACUCACCCUUCUGCAGCAUUUUUAAAUAUCCACAAUUGCACUGAGCAAAUAUUCAGUACUGCAACCUCUCCAUAAUUUCACUGUAAUUAUUGGUGCAAAAAUAGGUUUUGCUUUUCACAUGUAACAGUCUUCCAUGAGUGUUUGACUUUUCAGCGUGAACUGUGGUCAGAUGACCACGUGUUACUGAGGUUUAGGAUAAUAUAGUUGAGGGUAGGAAGUGUUAUUUAAAUGUUUAUGUUAAGUCAUGCUUUUGCACUUUGACCUUAUAUUUAUAUCUGCUUUUUUGUUGCUUUUUUUGAGAGUCUAUCUAAAUUAUAUUCGCACUAACUUUCCCUGUUUGUUUUGACUUAUUUAGAGUUGUUCUGAUACCGAUACCAGUAUCGGAAAGGCAUCUGAUACGGUCCAAAAUUUGGUAUCGGUGAGUACGCCAGUUUAUGCACUGAUCCGAUACCAUACCAUAAUUUAUUAAUCCAGAAAAAGAAAGGGAAAUCAAUUCUUCUCCGCCGCUCCAAAACAGUAGCCUUCACUGUGCUGUGACCCUGGAUGUAUCAUGGCUGCCACUGGCAACUACUGUUUUAAAGCAGUGAUGAAGAACUGAUUGCAGGUAGUUUGUCACAGCUGUUUGUCACAUGUAUCGGAGUCGGUAUCGGAACAUCUCUAAACUUAUUUUAAUAAAAAAUGAGGCCACAUGGCUGCGUGGUGUAUUCAUGUCACACCUAGAUUUUUAUGGAGUGCUUCCUUCUACUUACAUACAGUUGAAUACAUGCCUUAAGUUUUUAAAGUUCAUUUUCCACUGACCAUUCUGUAUAACAAUAAAUGAUAAAGUCUUAUUUGA